UUUGCAGUUAAUCUGCUGGAUUCGAAAGCAAUUCAAGGAGAGCUGGGCUGGAUCUCGUAUCCAUCACAUGGGUGGGAAGAAAUAAGUGGUGUUGAUGAGAACUAUACACCAAUCAGGACAUAUCAGGUUUGCAACGUUAUGGACCACAGUCAGAACAAUUGGUUGAGGACAAACUGGAUACCACGUAACUCAGCUCAGAAGAUCUAUGUGGAACUCAAAUUUACCCUGAGGGACUGUAACAGCAUCCCACUAGUUCUGGGCACUUGCAAGGAAACUUUUAACCUGUAUUAUAUGGAGUCUGAUGAUGACCAUUCUGUCAAGUUUAGAGAACAUCAGUUUACAAAGAUUGAUACCAUUGCUGCCGAUGAGAGCUUCACUCAGAUGGAUCUUGGGGAUCGGAUUCUUAAACUCAACACAGAGGUCCGUGAAGUGGGACCUGUUAGCAGGAAAGGGUUUUACUUGGCUUUUCAAGAUGUGGGUGCGUGCGUUGCCUUAGUGUCGGUGCGAGUGUACUUCAAGAAGUGCCCUUUCACUGUAAAGAACCUGGCCAUGUUUCCAGAUACAGUCCCUAUGGAUUCCCAGUCACUGGUGGAAGUGCGAGGUUCUUGUGUUAAUCAUUCCAAAGAGGAAGACCCACCCAAGAUGUACUGCAGCACAGAAGGAGAAUGGCUAGUUCCCAUUGGAAAGUGCUUGUGUAACGCUGGCUAUGAAGAAAGGGGAUAUGCCUGCCAAGCUUGCCGACCAGGAUUUUACAAAGCUUUUGCUGGUAAUGUUAAGUGUGCCAAAUGCCCGCCUCACAGUUCUACAAAUGUGGAAGGUUCUACGAACUGCAAGUGUGAAAAGAAUUACUUUCGCUCUGAGAGAGACCCUCCAUCUAUGGCUUGCACAAGACCACCUUCUGCUCCCAGAAAUGUUAUCUCUAACAUCAAUGAAACAUCAGUCAUCCUAGAUUGGAGCUGGCCUUUGGACACGGGGGGCAGGAAAGAUGUCACUUUCAACGUUAUCUGCAAGAAAUGUGGAGGAACAGCAAAGAUGUGCGAUCCGUGUAGUACUAAUGUGAGAUUCCUUCCACGUCAGAUCGGCCUCACCAACACCACCGUGACUGUGGUGGACCUCCUGGCUCACACAAAUUACACCUUUGAGAUAGAUGCAGUUAAUGGUGUGUCAGAUUUGAGCACCUUUGCAAGGCAAUUUGCUGCAGUCAUCAUUACGACCAAUCAAGCUGCUCCAUCCCCUAUUACAAUAAUUAGAAAAGACCGGACAUCCAGGAACAGUGUCUCUCUCUCUUGGCAAGAGCCUGAACAUCCUAAUGGGAUCAUCUUGGACUAUGAAGUCAAGUAUUACGAAAAGCAGGAGCAAGAGACAAGUUACACCAUUCUAAGGGCAAGAAGCACCAAUGUUACCAUCAGUGGCCUCAAACCAGACACAACUUAUGUUUUCCAAAUCAGAGCUCGGACGGCUGCAGGAUAUGGAACCAACAGCCGCAAGUUUGAGUUUGAAACCAGCCCAGAUUCUUUCUCAAUCUCCAGCGAGAACAGCCAGGUUGUAAUGAUUGCUGUUUCGGCUGCAGUAGCAAUUAUUCUGCUCACAAUUGUGGUUUACAUCUUGAUCGGGAGAUUCUGCGGGCAUAGUAAAUCGAAACAUGGAAUUGAUGAGAAGAGGCUGUAUUUUGGGAAUGGACAUUUAAAGCUCCCAGGCCUUAGAACUUAUGUGGACCCACAUACAUAUGAAGAUCCCACUCAAGCUGUUCAUGAAUUUGCCAAGGAGCUAGAUUCUGCUAGCAUAGCCAUCGACAAAGUUGUUGGGGCAGGCGAGUUUGGAGAAGUAUGCAGUGGUCGUCUAAAACUUCCUUCUAAAAAAGAAAUCUCAGUGGCAAUCAAAACUCUGAAGGUUGGUUACACGGAUAAGCAGAGAAGAGAUUUUCUUGGAGAGGCAAGCAUCAUGGGACAGUUUGAUCACCCCAAUAUCAUUCGAUUAGAAGGAGUUGUCACUAAAAGUAAACCUGUCAUGAUAGUUACUGAGUAUAUGGAAAAUGGUUCUUUGGACAGCUUCCUGAGGAAACAUGAUGCUCAGUUCACAGUCAUCCAGCUAGUGGGAAUGCUUCGAGGAAUUGCAUCUGGCAUGAAGUACUUGUCAGAUAUGGGUUAUGUCCACCGUGACCUGGCUGCCCGCAACAUCCUCAUCAAUAGUAACCUGGUAUGCAAGGUCUCGGAUUUUGGCCUCUCCCGUGUUCUGGAGGAUGAUCCAGAAGCUGCCUACACAACAAGGGGAGGCAAGAUUCCAAUCCGAUGGACAUCUCCAGAAGCCAUUGCUUACCGUAAAUUCACAUCAGCCAGUGAUGCGUGGAGCUAUGGGAUUGUUCUUUGGGAGGUGAUGUCCUAUGGAGAAAGACCAUACUGGGAAAUGUCCAAUCAGGAUGUAAUUAAAGCCGUGGAAGAAGGGUACCGCUUGCCACCACCCAUGGACUGCCCAGCUGCCUUGUAUCAGUUGAUGCUGGACUGUUGGCAAAAGGACAGAAACAACAGACCGAAGUUUGAGCAGAUUGUCAGCAUCCUGGACAAGCUGAUCCGUAAUCCCAGCAGUCUAAAAAUAAUCACCAGUGCAGCUGCAAGGCCAUCAAAUCUCCUUCUGGACCAAAGCAAUGUUGAAAUCUCAGCCUUCCGCUCAACAGGUGACUGGCUCAAUGGCAUUCGGAUAGGACAAUGCAAGGACAUAUUCACAGGAGUAGAAUACAGCUCGUGUGAUACGAUAGCCAAGAUUUCCUCAGACGACAUGAAGAAGGUCGGUGUGACGAUUGUGGGACCACAGAAAAAGCUCAUUAGCAGUAUUAAAUCUCUAGAAAUGCAUACGAAGAAUGGCCCCGUUCCAGUGUAGGCUACCGAAACGUUGGCACUCGAGACACAACAAGAGGAAGCAAGAAGUUGCUGCAAAGGUCAUGGCGAUGAGUGAAAAAGUGCAAGACUGAAAAGGCACUCUUGUAGCAUUGCUGGAAGCAUGACAUUUUGGGCCCAUUUCAAGCCCACUAAGAGACUCAUACGUUGAGUUCAAUUGCCUUAAAAUAGGAAUGAAAAACUUUUCUCUCUCUCUUAUUCUUGAAGGGGGGGUGCCUUUCCCACCUUGUAAUAAUGGACUGCUCAAACAUAUACUGCAUUUGGAAGAAAAUGUUGGUUUCUUUGUUUUAUUAAAUCCUUCCAUGUAACUUAGAGCCAUUUCAAUGUUGAUGGACUGAAUACCAAGAAAGGCAAACAACUAAACAGUGGAUGUUAUGCUAGGUCUUGGCCAAUUGUCAGCAGAAAGCAAGAGGGUGAAAUACCCUUGCAGUAUUUUUUUUAUAUGCAGAAAAGAUAGGUGACUAGUAUUUUAUUUCUUUAAAAUAAUUGUAAUGCUCCUUGGGGAUAAUACCUCAGCUCUAUCUGGCCAUAUCUGCAAGGAUAUUCCUGCAACAUUCUGUUUCAGCGGUGGAAGGAAAAUAUGAAUAAUGUUGGGUAUAAAAUGAGGCAAUAGUUCAUGAAUAAUAUUUGCUGUUGGGGCUGGUUUUGAUGCAUGUGUUCUUUUCAAAAAAAGAAGUCUUAAUUUUUCUUUUAAAAGGCAUAUUUAUUUCCCUUUAAAUGUUUUCUUAUUGUUUAUAUUUAUAUAUGUUUUGACUGGGUUUAAUUACUACCAAGUGCCAAAUCCUCCCAGACUUUGGCUGCAGCCCCAGACAUUGGGAAGAAAUUUCAGUACAAGUAGUGAGACUUACUUUUAAGAAAACAGGUCCCAAUCUAGAGGAUUUGAUGUAAGUGAAGAAAGAGGCCUACAUGCCCACAAGUGAGUAAAUUUUCAUGCACCAUGUUCUGGGUAGUUUAAUCCAAUGAACCACACAAUCAUUUUUCUCCAAGGAAAACAGCCAUAGUGAGCUGUUCAUUGUUUUCUUGACAACUUAACUCAGAGUUGCAUAAUUGCAUGUACUUAAAUGUUUGCAGUGUGCACAAAGUGUUGAAUUGUGCCAGAUAUAUUUUUUUAAACACCCACGCUAUACGAUGCAUUACUUGGUGAUAAAAUUAUUUGUUUAUAAUACUCUGGGGUCCAAAUAGGAAAAGAUGAAAAUCCCCUUUCUUAGUUCUUAUACUAGAGAAGUAAGCUGGCAUUGUUGGCAUCCACUUAAGAGUAAAUGAUUACAGUAUGUUUCUAAGGCUGCAGUCUUAAAAACACUUACAAAGAUGUGCUUGUAAGUUGUACUACAUGAACAGCGUGUAUGGGCCAAUAUCCAAAUCAACACGUAUCCUGUUUGUUUUUUCUUUUGGCUACACUUGCCCUCACCACAGUACACAGCAGCUUUUAAGAUGGAUUCGAAUCAUACAGUGGCCUGUUUACAAGACAUGUGAAGUCAAAACAUGGCUUGGCAUGAAUGCACAGGUCCUCAGAGUGGAGAUUGCAGCUACUGCCCUCCUCCCCUACUGCUAUUGCGCUGCUAUGAGCUAAGCCAUGGUUUGGCUUAGCUUGCCAUCUAGCCUCAUGGUUUGUCACACUCCAGGCAAACAGUGAGCUGUAACCAUGGUUUGCUCUUGGGUUUUACAGCUCAUGGUUACCCAGAGGAGACAUACCAUGAGACCAGGUUUGGACAGUAUGCUAAGCCAAACCAUGGUUUAGCUCACAGCAUGCAGCAGCAAGAUGACCAGGAAAGGAACACAGCGACCAGUCUUUUCUCAAGAACCCUCGUAUUUGCGUUAAGCCAUGGUUUGGUUUUGCAUUAUGUGCAAACAUGCCCAGUAGGUGGUCCAUUUUGUAAAAAGCAUAAAAUACACUUCAAAAUGCUGACACUCUGACUAUACACAGAGCACUGGUGUACUUUCCUUGCACACCUUUGUAACUUGCAUGUCAUGUUUUUUUAAUGUUCUCUGAUCAUAGCAGGAUCUGGAAGUAUACAAUGCACCAUCCUAAGCCCAUGUUCUGCAAGGAUUCAGAUCUGAUUAAGAGUGUCAAAUAAUCACCUCCCCUUUCUUUAGAUUUGAUCUCCAGCCAUAAAUACACUAUUCCUACUAGCAGAAAGUUUUUGUUUCGUUUUUAAAGCAAAAUAAUUCUGUUGAUGUUCUUGGAAGUACUAUCUAGAACAAAUUGUCCCCGAGGCAAUUUUAAAUGGCUGUGAAAGAAAGAAAAAUUGUGUGUUAGCAGGUUUUCAAACUACAUUUUAGUCUUACCUAUCCUUAAUUAUCUUUCAAUGUCUAGUAAUACCACGGGACAUAAUUAUGUGUGUGCUCAGUACUAAAGACUGAUUUCACUGUUUGUUCAGGAGGAAAUUCCUUUUUUGCAGAGGCUUUUAAAACAACUUUUUGUCUUCUCUUUCUUACAAUUUUUUGUACUGUUCGGUGGCCUCCGAUAGCCCCCAUUCCCCUUCUCCCCCUGUACAUAUGUAAACAUAGCAGUGUACAAUUCUUAACUGUGGAGUAGAGGAAAUAGAAAUUUUGUGGCCAUCUUCCUGUACAGGACCUGCCUUUGAUUAUUAUUUACAUCAAACAAGCAUUGCAAAGUCUUCACUAAGAAUAUGUACCAUAUUAUUGUUUUUGUAUCUUAAAAAUAUUGUUUUUACAUAUAUUAUUUAUUUCUGUUAACAUAUAACAUAGGUUUUUUUGUUUUUUGUUUUGCUGUACUUUAGACUCCAAUAAGCAAUGUAUAGGUGUGAUUUGAACUGGCAAAUCCACAUUUGCUUUUUAACCUUUAUUUCAAAGCAUUACUUACUCAUUUAGUUAAUUACGUUGUGCAAUUGUAGAUGGCCUGUUACUAAUGUAAAAUGAUUUGUAGUGGAAACAUUUAUAUUUUUAUAAUAAACAUAAUGAAAGUAUUUUUUA